AUGUAUAAAGGUGAAGUUCGCAAGCUUACAGUACUGACCCCGCCGCAGCCGAACGCCUUUAUGGAUUCAACCACCGCGGAACCCGACGAUACACACAUGGAAUCUAUCUCACGUCCACUCCCUGUCAGUAUCGCUCACAGAUCACAGGAAGGAGCCGCACUGGCAGGUAUUAAGCCUUGCACCCCGACUCAGAAACUACAUCAUCGAUUGCGCCAGAAGACGAGCAAUAUUAGCCCAAGACGACACGACGUUGACAUUCAUAGAGCUCGAUCUCCACGUUUAACGCCUACAAGUAGUCGGGGAUUACCUCCAACAUCGACGGGAGCCAAACGAAAGCAUAUAGAGACUUGGCAAAUUCCUGCUAUCGACACGUCAGUCUCUUCAUCGUCACCAAGUUCGUCAUCGAGAAUGCAAAACUUGUGCGAAGAAGUGUACUUCCCAACUCCACGAAUCGAUAGUGGAUAUUCCAGUGAUCCUGCCAGAAAGACACCGUUACGCUAUAGCUCAUUAAAUCGAAGUGCUAGCUUUUCUUCAGUCUGUAUUACUAACGGAUUGUACAAGGGUAAGAGAAUAUUAGAACUACAAGACGAAGAUCGUAGACUACAUCCAGACAAUUGCAUUGCUAUUUCAUCGCCAUCCAAGCGAAGUAAAAAGUAG